AUGGGGAUCGAGGACGUUUAUCACGAGAUUAGUCACCUCCAAGUACUGCGUCGCCCACCACCGCUCAAGUCUGACCCAGCGCAUAGAAACCAAAGCAAGUAUUACAGGUUUUACAGCGAGAGCGGACACACGACCACCGAAUGUUUUGAUUUGAGAGAUGAAGUCGAAAGGCUGACCCGGGAAGGGAGGCUCAAUGAAUACCGAGCUGACCGACGGGGCAACAACAAUCAGCAGAACAAUGACCGACGGGAGGAUCAAAGGCAAGACAAUCCACCCGAACUUGUCGGUGUGAUAAAUACGAUCUUUGGAGGGCCAUAUAUUGACGGUACCUCUCGCCGCGCACAGGAGUACGCAAGAGAGGCAAAGGACAUGAGUGUGUCCGGUAGAGAAGUGAAGGCCGCGAGAUAUGAAGAGGCUGAGAUAACAUUUUCAGAUGCGGACGCAAACGGAGUGCAUUUCCCUCAAAAUGAUGCUCUAGUCGUGGAGGCCAUGAUCAGUAACCACACGGUCUGUCCCAUCCUGGUUAACAACGGCAGCUCAGUAGACAUUCUGUACGCCGAUUGCCUCGACAAGAUGAGAAUUCCCCGAACAAGACUGCAGAAUAUACACAACCCCUAUACGGCUUCACCGGGGAUAUUGUCAUCCCUGAGGGGAUAA